GUGCAAAUGAGAGUGAGGAGGACAUCCACCAACCAAAGCUAUUAGCGAGGUGCAGCCUCCAUUUCCAACUGAAGGAACCAAUUACUUAGAUGGAAGAAGAGAGGCAAAUAACGAAGGAAAAAUAUGCUGCUGAUAUUUCCUCCAUAAAGGAAGCACAUGCUCGAAUAAAAUCAUUGGUUCUUAAAACUCCAGUUCUGUCCUCCAGCUCUCUGGAUGCAUUAUCAGGAAGGAAGCUGUACUUUAAAUGUGAAUGUUUCCAAAAGGGUGGAGCUUUUAAAUUUAGAGGUGCCAGCAAUGCUGUUUUCUCUCUUGAUGAUGAAGAUGCUGCUAAAGGGGUCAUAACACACAGCAGUGGAAACCAUGCUGCAGCAUUGGCUUUGGCAGCGAAACUAAGGGGGAUCCCGGCAUAUAUUGUAAUUCCAAAAAAUGCCCCAACUUGCAAAGUUGAGAAUGUAAAGCGGUAUGGUGGUCAAGUUAUCUGGUCUGAGGCCUCUAUGCGAUCAAGGGAGGAAAUUGCAAAUAAGGUGUGGCAAGAAACUGGUGCUGUCUUUAUACAUCCCUAUAAUGAUGGGCGCAUAUUGAGUGGCCAGGGUACCAUAUCCUUGGAGCUUCUGGAACAAGUCCCACAAAUAGAUACGCUAGUGGUACCCAUAAGUGGUGGUGGUUUGAUAUCAGGUGUGGCUUUGGCUGCCAAGUCCAUCAACCCAGCUAUUCGUAUUUUGGCUGCUGAACCUAAAGGUGCUGAUGAUGCAGCACAGUCUAAAGCAGCUGGGAGGAUAAUAACAUUGCCCGAGACCAAUACUAUAGCUGAUGGACUUAGAGCAUUUCUUGGAGAUUUCACAUGGCCUGUAGUACGAGAUCUUGUUGAGGACAUUAUAACUGUGGAAGACAGUGAAAUAAUAAAAGCCAUGAAACUGUGUUUUGAAAUUCUUAAGGUUGUUGUAGAACCAAGUGGAGCUAUUGGCCUUGCUGCUGUUCUAUCCGAUACUUUCCAGAAAAAUCCAGCUUGGAAAGAUUGCAACCAUAUAGGAAUAGUAGUUUCAGGAGGCAAUGUUGAUCUGGCCCUGCUUUGGGAUUCUUUGAACAAAUGAAAAUGACUUCUUUUAUUUUGCAGAUGUGAAUCUUCAUUGCUCUCGAUUUGAGUGUUGUACCAUUAAUGAUGUAACAAUUUUGUGUGGAUAAGUUUU